AUGUCCAGAACAACAUCGGAAUCAAAAGAUGAGAUGAAUAAUCAUGUUUGGAUCAAUGCUUGGUAUGAUCCUUUGGCCACAGUAACAGCCAUGUCUCAAUGUAUGAUGUUUUGUGAUAUCAAUGGAGAUGGAGAUUAUAAACUUGUGGCAGCAACUUCGGGAAAGAAUCCAUUGGAAAGCAAGAAAACAAAACAAACCCAUCGACUCCGAGUCUAUAAAGGAACUGGAAUAAUUAGCGAGAAUAUUUUAUUAGAAGAACCUGUGGCCAUCGCAUCGUAUUAUACGGAUUAUCAAAGCCCAAAACGUCCCAUGAUUCUUGUCGCAAGCACCAACAAGUUAUUUCUCUACAAGAAUUUACAGCCAUUUUUCAAAUUUUGUAUUCCUUCAAAAAAAAUUGAUGAAAAAGAGGCGGAAAUUUGGCAAUUCUUGAGUGAGGGAAAAUAUGACAGCAAGACGGCUUUCUCAGAGUUGGCACGACUUCGUGACCUUAAUGCUGCUCUGAGCCCUCGAAGUUAUGAAUUGCUCUCGCUUACAUCGAAUGACGAUAUUCGGCAAUUUAUCGAUUCCAGAAAAAAUACGCCCAUCGAUUUUCCAAACAUCAUUACAUGCCUUUCCAUCUUACCAAAAGAUAGGGAAGGAGAGGACGCUAUUGGAUGCCCAGUGAUCGGAACAGAAUCAGGAAUUGUUUUCAUCUUGUCUCCAUCCGGUUCACAAAUCAUCAAAGCUGUUCAGCUUCCUUCGGCACCUGUUAAAUUAUGUAUCGCUGGAAAUUUAGAUAAUGAUUAUCGAAUUGCAGCAGCCUGUAGAAAUGGAAAUGUUUAUACCAUCAAGAAUGGAGAAGUGAGCGGAGUUGUUAUAGAGCUCGAGUCACAUCCAGUGACGAUGGUAAGAAUUGACAAAACUUUUGUGAUUGGCCUCAUGAAUAGUACCAUUCACUGUUUCAACACGAGAGGUAAAAAACAAUAUUCCAUUUAUUUGCCUGCUCCCAUUAAAGACAUGGAGGUGCUGGAUAUGAGAGGCCAACGCAGUGUAAAAUGCGUCAUGGUUGCUCUCGAAAAUAAGGAAUUACGUAUUUAUAAUGGAAAAUCUCUUGUGAAUACUAUUAAUUUAUAUGAACAUGUCGUAGGUUUGAAAUAUGGCACCUAUGGCUCCGAAGUAAACAGCUUGAUGAUUUCAUACCGAAGUGGAGGUUUAGAUUUUAAGGUCAUUUCACGAAAAGCCAGUCUAGAAAGUAAGACUAAAAGUGGACCACCACCUGAACAGGAAGAACCUCUUGACCUUCCUACCAAAACGUUCUUAUAUUUGGAACAAACAAAACGGGAAGUGGACUACUCAUCAGAAAUGCACAAUGCAUUCCAGAAAGAUCUCGCCCGUGUUCGUCUCAAUACUGCGCGAGCCUAUGUGAAAAUUUUAACAGAUGGACAGGGACCAUUGUCAUACACAUCGGGCUCUUCUAUUCGAUUGGUGGCCAAUGUGCAAGGUUUAGGGCCAAAAUUUAAGGUCAACAUUGAAGUUCAGAAUACUGGUAAGAAGCCCAUCUCCAAUUUGUUUAUUAUAUUUGCAUACGAUGAAGACAUUUAUUCUUUGGAAGAUGAUGCAAGAAGGUUAAAUUUACCCUCUCUUUUACCUGGACCUCUCUACAGAUUUAGUAAGAUGGUGAAUAUGUUGGAUCCCUCGAUUGCACCGGACACUCUUCGUCUCUUUGUAUGUAGUAAGGAAGGUACAUCACCAGUCAUUACAGCAGUGGUGAACAUGCCAAUGGCUGAAAUGGUGGAAUUGAUGUAG